UGAAUGAAGAAGUAACAACCAGUUUGAAUGCAACCUGUUUGACUGUCGCCCUGUUACUCAAGUAUUACCUGUGACUGUGACAAUUGCUUGUCAAGAAUGGGGUGCACAGCAGAUAAGAUUCAGCAGUAUCCUGUUUCCCUUCUGUCUGUCAGAAUAAUAAGAGCCAAUAUAAUCACCUCCAAAGAUACAUUGUCUCCAUCAGAUUGCUACGUGACUUUGCAUCUGCCAACAGCAUCUCAUAAGAAAUUUAGAACCCAAACAGUCCAGGACUCUUAUAACCCAGUCUGGAAUGAGACAUUCUGGUUUAGAAUCCAGACUGAGAUCAAGAAUAUCUUAGUGUUGCAAGUCUGCGAUGCGGAUCCAGUCACCUCAGAUGACAUACAGUUUACUGUCCUGUUUGAUUUGGCAAAAAUCCGGCCUGGAGCAACAGAUCGGGAGAUAUUUUCUUUAAAACCAGAGGAUGAACACUGUCCCUAUAAUUUUGAAUCUCUGGAAGUGGAAUUCAAGUUGGCAGAAAUUUUAGGACCUCCUGAACAACUCAUUUCCAAUGGUGUUCUAGCGGCCCGUGAGCUCUCCAUUUUGGAUAUCAGGGUGAACAGAGAAGGGAAUGAGAAGCUGUUGGAAGCUAACAUACAUGUUGUGCUCACGGUGCAAGAGUCCUAUGAAGAAACACAGAAGACAUCCAAAGAUAGAGAUUCUUUCCUCUUCCACUGUGUAAAAAGCUGGGAUCCAGUACUAAAAGUCAAGCUUCAGUAUGUUUCAGAUAAAGAUGAUGAUUGUCCCUACCCUUUCAUUCUGCCUCUGAAACGGCUUCCCGUAGGAUUGCCAAUCAGAAUAUGUUUAUUGGCAGAGAAUGAUGUGCCUUUGGAUUUGUACCUCCAAGUAACCGGUUGGCCACAGAAUCUUGAUGUUCGCUUAGGAUAUGAACUUUGUGCAGAUGAGCAGGAUUUCCUGCAGAAAAGGAAGAAGGUGGUUGCACGUGCCCUGAAGAACCUUUUCCAUUUGAGACGAGACCUGCUUGAACAUGAAGUCCCAGUGGUAGCUAUUAUGGCAACAGGAGGCGGCCUAAGGGCUAUGACAGCAUUGUAUGCUCAUCUUUUAGCAUUCCAGAAACUGAACCUGUUAGAUUGUAUUUCAUACAUCUCAACUGCUUCUGGAUCAACAUGGACUUUGACAGAUUUGUACCGAAAUGUUGACUGGUCACACAAAGACUUGGAAGAACCCAUUAAAAAAAUUAAAGAACAAAUGGUGAAAAGUAAAGAAAGCAUCAUUUCCAUUGAACAGCUGAAGUAUUACCACAAGGAGUUGAAGGAGAGAGUUGAAAUGGGGCACCUUUCAUCUUUCACAGCUCUCUGGUCACUUGUUCAAGAGGCUGUCUUGCACGAUAAACCAAAUUUCUGUACACUCUCAGAGCAACGCAAAGCUUUGCAUGAUGGCCAGAACCCGUUCCCUAUUUAUACUGCCAUAAAUGUCAAAGAAAGCCAUGUGACCACCUUUGAUUUUAGAGAGUGGGUUGAGUUUAAUCCUUAUGAAGUGGGGUUUCAGAAAUAUGGUGCAUAUAUUCGUACAGAAGAUUUUGACAGUGAAUUUUUCAUGGGCAAAAUUGUGAAGAAGAUCCCAGAAUCACGGAUUUGUUAUCUGGAAGGUAUCUGGACUAACAUUUUCUCUCGGAAUUUGCUGGAUAGUUUGUACUGGUCAUCAACACCAGCAGAAUUUUGGCAACGAUGGGUUGCCAAUAUGGCAGAGAAGCAUUAUACUAAUUCAGCUGAUGGAUAUACCACUGUCUACAAGCCUCCAUCCUCAGCAAGUGGAAAACUGAGUGAAAUCUUUAAUGAUAUUUUAACGGAUCGUCCUUUAAAAGGGGCUACUCACAACUUCCUGAGAAGCCUUGACUUGGAGCAAGACUACUUGCAACAGAAAGAAUUUAAUGAAUGGAGAGAUACUGUGUUAGAUGCGUCUCCCAGCCAGCUGACACUAAGGGAUAAAUCCCUCUGCUUAAUAGACAUAGGCUACUUUCUUAACAACAGUGGUCCACCACUUCUUAAGCCAGAGAGAAAUGUGGAUGUCAUCAUUGCUCUGGAUUAUGAGAUUAGUUCACCCUUCAAGCAAGCAGAGAUGAUGGCCAAGUACUGUGAAGUGCAAGGCAUCCCUUUUCCUAAGGUCCACCUGAGUGAUGAAGAGAAAAAGGACCUCAAGGAAUGCUAUGUCUUCUCAGAUGAAGAGAACCCCAAAGCACCCAUUGUCGUUUGCUUUCCCCUGGUUGACUGCUCCUUCAAGGAGUACAAGGCACCAGGGGUGAAACGUUGUUCUUCAGAAAAGAGUGGUGGCGAAGUAAAUCUGCAGAAGUGCUCACCUUAUGCAACAAUGCAUUUAACCUAUACCGAAGAAGACUGUGACAAACUACUAAACCUCAGCACCUAUAACAUUCUCUGUAACAAAGACUGUAUCUUCAAGGCCCUCCUGGGUGCCAUAGAGAAAAAGCAAGGCAUUUGGUCCAAUUCUUAAAAUAUUAGUUUGGCCUAGAAAAUAACUUUUGAGGUGUGGAGAGGAUCUCUGAUGAAUAGCCAGAAACUCAUGUGUUGUUGGAGGCGAUGCUAUAUAGUCACCAGUGUCCUAUGCAGCUUAUAACAAAUACUUGUUCCCAUCCUGUUUGGUUUGAGCUUAUGGCUUUUGAAAUGUCCAACUUUCCCCCAAAUGUACAGCAUUUCACUUCCCACUUCCUAGAUUUUUUUUUCAUAGGAAAGGAUAUCAUUGCUGCUCAAUCAAUGCUUUUUGCCU